AUGGGCAGACUGAGAUCCAAGAUCCAAGAGCUCGGCUGGUUCCUACGUACCUUCUGCUAUGGCCACCAGGACUCUUGGAACCAGUUCCUGGGUUGGGCCAAGUACGCCCAGAACUCCCUCCAUCAAUCUAUUACUGGACUCACUCCCUUACAGUGCGUACUCGGCUACCAACCCCCUCUCUUCCCGUGGUCAGGAGAACCAUCGGAGGUACCUGCAGUAGUCUACUGGUUCCGAGAGCGAGAGGGUCUGGGAUGCAGCUCACCAUCAGCUGCAACGAGUUUGUCGCAGACGCAGGAUGACGGUCUACCUGAGACGAUCCACUGCCCCAGUCUUUCAACCUGGUCAGAAGGUCUGGCUGUCGACCAGGGACAUCAGAAUGCGCCUACCCUGCAAGAAGCUAAGUCCCAGAUUCAUUGGUCCCUUCACCAUCACCAAGCAAAUCAACCCGAGCCUGGCGUAACAGCUGAACCCCCCCUUCCUCUCAUCCUGGAGGAUGGAGUAGUGUACCCGGUCAAUGAGAUCCUGGACUCCCAGCACUGUGGUGGUCUACCGGAAUACCUGGUAGACUGGGAGGACUAUGGUCCCGAGGAGCGCUCAUGGGUAGACACAACAUCCUUGAACCCUCUCUGCUCAACGCCUUUCACGCCACUCAUCCGGAUCGACCUGCUCCCCGUGGAAGAGGAAGACCACCAAGGCGUCGGGGUCCUCGACCCUCGGGAGCUGGCCGUGGGGAGGGGGGUACUGUCACAGACACGCCAGGCUCCACCAGUCACAGCGCACUCCCACACCAGAGUACUAAUCACACACACCUGGUCCCUAUCACACACCUGCUCGCCAUCAGCACCUUAUCACUAAUAGGAUAAAAGCACACCACUCACCUCAGCCAGUUGUCCGGUCUCGUUUGAACAUAAGGACUCUAUAUGGACUUUGCAAGACUUCCCCAUUCUACUCCAGCAUUUACCUCUCUACUCUACCUUUUAAUCCCUUAUGAACCUUUACUUAGCUUGAGACCUUCGGGCAGGGGUCUGUUUGUUCCUGAGUCCAGGAUGAAAACUAAGGGGGACAGAGCU